AUGUCAAUUCGCGACACGAACGUAGUGAUCAUCGAGACUGGCAGGACUGUCGUACGCGCUGGUCUCGGCCUCCAUGAUCUCCUAAAAACACCCACAGUUGAAAUCCAAGCUCGAGUUGGCCUGCGCCAAACCGCUUUCAAAUACCAAUGGGGUUUCAAAGGAACCUCCCUUAGCUUCGAAGAGUCGCGUUGGGACAUCUAG